AUGCUGGUGGACACGGCGAGCGAUGCAUCGCCGUCAUUAGAAGGAGGAGAGAGAGGGCCCACGGCCUACGCCAGGUCCCGCGCCCGCGACAUAGCCUCGACGUUCCGCAUGUUGGUCUCGCCGGCCGUCGAAACGAUCGUCCUGGAGAUGACCAAUCUGGAGGGCUCUCGAAAAUACGGCGACGACUGGAAAAGGAUGGACGCGACCGACCUGCGGGCCUACGUCAGGCUGCUGAUCUUAGCGGGAGUGUACAGGUCCCGGGGCGAGGCCGCUGCUAGCCUUUGGGACGCCGAGAGCGGCAGGGUGAUUUUCCCCGCCACGAUGCCGCUCAAACGCUUUCACGCGUACUCCAGACUGCUGCGCUUCGACGACCGCGAGACCAGGGCCGAGAGACGCGCGACCGACAAACUGGCCGCCGUGAGAGAGGUGUGGGAUGCGUGGGCCGAGCGGCUGCCGCUCCUUUACGACCCGGGGCCCGAAGUGACGGUGAGGGGGCGCAACGUCACGUGCGACAAUUUCUUCACCUCCUACGAACUCGCGAGGCUGCUCCUGCUCAGGGACAACACCGUGGUGGGCACGGUUCGAAAGAACAGGCGAGAGAUCCCCCCCGCGCUGCUCUCGUCCAAGCGGAGAGACGUCUUCUCGUCAAAGUUUGCCUUCACGCCCAACGUCACGCUCGUCUCCUACCUCGCCAAGAAGAGCAAGAACGUGUUGCUCCUGAGCACGCGGCACGCGGCCGGCGACGUCAGCGAUCGCGCCGACGCCAAGCCCGUCAUCGUCCUGGACUACAAUCGCAACAAAGGCGGCGUGGACAACCUCGACAAGGUGACCGGGACGUACAGCUGCCGAAGGAUGACGGCUCGCUGGCGCCUCGUCGUCUUCCACAACAUCCUGGACGUGUCCGCCUACAACGCCUUUGUGAUAUGGCGAGAGGUCAACCCCGACUGGAUGCCCGGCAAGCGGAACAAGAGGAGGGUGUUUCUCGAGCGGCUGGGAAAAGCCCUCGUGGCUCCGUUCGUGGAGAGACGGGAGCGUCUGCCUCGCACGGAAGCGUCCGCCGCCUUCGUGAAAGCGGCGCGGAGGGCCAGAGCCCAUCGCGACGGGCCCGAGGAUCCGGACGGGGUCGCCGCCGCCGAGACGGAGGUUGUGCCACGCGGGGCGGCGAGUAAUCGAAAGAGGUGUCAGAUCUGCCCCUCGAAGAAGGACUCUAAAACGUACACCGUGUGCAACGGGUGUAACAAGUACAUCUGCAAGGGCUGCUCGCUGGCGCUGCCGUUCUGCCCGACGUGCGCGCGCGAUGAUCCGGCGAGGUUUAGCGCCCCCGCCAAUCUGCCGUGA